GUCGCACGCCGGAAGUGGCGGUGGAAUCGGUGAGGUGUCGGCCGGCGGGGCAGCGGCCCGGGAGUGGGGGGGCGGGCGCGUUGGUCAUGUUUACCUUCGGGCCCGGUAGUCCGGGAGGGGAUGGGACGGCCGGAACCGGGACUGAGGAGCCGGCAUCCCAUGCAGGGCAGGCAACGGCAGCGGGGCCGCUCCCUUCCCCGCCCGCGCCGCCGCAGCCCGAGGCUGACGCAGCCCCUCCCCCGUCGCCCUCCCGGAGCCCUCGCCGUCCCGGCGUCCCCUCGCUGCCCCCGGCCGCACACGCCGGGGAGCUCGAGCCUCACGCAGCUCUGGACUCCUCUGCAGCUUCCACCCAGGGAGAGCCGUCACCGCCCUCCCCGGCGCGCCGGCGACCCGGGCCCGACUGCAGGGCGGGGGGCCGGGGCCGCCACGGCCUCGGUGCCCGGCUGUUCGGGUGGCUGAGAGAACGCAGUCUGGGCCGCGGGCUGUUCGUGGACCCGGCGCGGGACAAUUUCCGCACCAUGACUAAUCUCUAUGGUUCCAUCCAUCCCGCGGACUCGGUGUACCUCAGCACCCGUACCCACGGCGCGGUCUUCAACCUCGAGUACUCCCCCGACGGGUCAGUGCUGACUGUUGCUUGUGAACAGACUGAAGUUCUGCUUUUUGACCCUAUAUCUUCAAAGCACAUAAAAACACUUUCUGAAGCUCAUGAAGACUGUGUAAAUAAUAUCAGAUUUCUUGAUAACCGGCUGUUUGCUACCUGCUCUGAUGACACUACAAUAGCACUGUGGGAUCUGAGAAAACUGAACACCAAAGUAUGCACUUUACAUGGUCACACUAGCUGGGUGAAGAACAUCGAAUAUGAUACUAAUACAAGACUCUUAGUAACAUCAGGAUUUGAUGGAAAUGUCAUUAUUUGGGACACCAACAGGUGUACAGAAGAUGGGUGUCCACAUAAGAAAUUCUUUCACACACGUUUUCUCAUGAGAAUGAGAUUAACACCAGAUUGUUCGAAAAUGUUGAUCUCAACGUCCUCUGGAUAUCUCUUGAUUUUGCAUGAUCUUGACUUAACCAAGUCUUUAGAAGUAGGCAGCUAUCCUAUUUUGAGAGCAAGAAGAACUACAUCAAGUUCAGAUCUGACCACUUCAGGUUCAUCUGGUCCUAGAGUUUCUGGUUCACCUUGUCAUCAUAGUGAUUCUAAUUCAUCUUCUGAGAAACACAUGUCACGAGCCUCACAAAGAGAAGGAGUUUCACCACGAAAUAGUCUUGAAGUCUUAACCCCAGAAGUUCCUGGUGAGAGAGACCGUGGAAACUGCAUCACAUCCUUACAGCUGCACCCGAAAGGCUGGGCCACACUCCUUCGGUGCUCAAGCAACACUGACGACCAGGAGGUAGGAGCGGCAGCACGCCACCUUCCAGUGGGGCUGCCUGAGCGAACAGUCACGGCCGUGUGUGCUCAUGUGGACUUGUGUCUAUGAAUUCCAAGAAGGAGCUCCCGUGCGACCUGUCUCCCCUCGCUGUUCUCUACGACUAACUCAUUACAUUGAAGAAGCCAACGUAGGCAGGGGUUAUAUCAAAGAACUUUGCUUC